AUGGAAGAGGAGGACUCAGAAGGCCCUGGAAUUGGCAAGAGAUUGAGGAAGUGUUCCCAACCUAUCCAGGUAGUGAGUGAUGUUGAAUUUGAGGAAAAAGCUGUGCCAGAGAUCUUAACUCAGGACACGAUGACUGCAGAUGUACGCAGCCAAUGCUUCCGGUGGUUCUGUUACCAUGAGGUCGAUGGACCCCGAGAGUUUUGCAGCAAGCUCUAUGGACUGUGCAACCAUUGGCUGAAGCCGGAGAGGAACACCAAGAAACAGAUGCUGGACCUGGUGAUCCUGGAGCAGUUCCUGGCAGCCUUACCCCAGGAAAUGCAACGCUGGGUCAGAGGAUGCGAGCCAGAGACCAGUUCCCAGGCGGUGGCCCUGGCUGAAGGUUUCCUCCUGAGUCAGGCUGAGGAGAAGAGGCAGACAGAGCAGAUGUGGGGACAAUCUCUGAAGAUGGAAGAAAAGUCCCCUGAGGGCAAAAGAGCUCCCUCAGAGGAAAGUCAGAGGGCACCAUUGCAGGAACAUGCCCAAGAUUCCCUGUCAAGUGACAGUGAAAAGAUGCUGUCAAUCCUUCAUCUGUGCAGAGAAGUGGAAACAGCUGCUCCACAACUGGCCCAGUCACCAGUUUCCUUUGAGGAGGUAGCUGUAUAUUUCACUGAAGGUGAGUGGGCCCUGCUGGGUCCUAGCCAAAGAGCUCUCUACCGGGAUGUCAUGCAGGAGAACUCUGGGACUGUGGCUUCUCUUGAAGUCAGGAAUGUAAGAAAGACUAUGGCGGAGACAGACAAUAGUGUUCUGUCCGAAGAAUGGCUGGAGAGUUUCUCAGGAAGAUCUCAGGAGACUGUUUCUUUCCGAAAUGAGCUGGCUGCAACAGCAGACAUAGAGGAGACAGCUGGGGAAUUCCAGGGGUUCUCUUUGGAAAAAACCAAGAAUGAAGGUGCCAAAGGACACUAUGGGGAUGCACCACAGAGGCAGGAGGGAAACCACACAGGUGACAAUCAGAGGAAUGAGGAGGAUGAGGAACUGCAUCCUCAAUUGCCAAAGGAAGUGAAGAAUGAAGACUUGAGAGGAAACUUCUACAAUCAAGUUGGGCCUAAGAGGGAGAAAGGAAGCCAGAUGGUCAAGGAGAGGGCAUCACAGUGCUCCUCCACCUACCUGCAGUUUGUGGCAUCCUUUCAUUGA